GUCAAAACAAUCAACAAGAAUUUUCGUCCCCGGAUUGUAGCAACUUUUCCUGCAAUUUGUGACGAUCCUGCACGACUAAUUGCUUCAAAUAUCCCGUAAUUGAGGGCCCAAUUGCAUCUUCGCACCCGUAGAAUAACUCGUACUAUUAGUAGCAAUCCACGAACCCGUAAUGAUAACGCUGACAAAAAAAAUCCGGAAAGCAAAAGAAAAUGAAUCUCAAUCUAGUCGAGUGUCGAUCCGUGAUAGACUGCUGGUAAAGGAAGUGCAAGAAAUGGAACUGAAUCUGCCAUCGACGUGUAGCAUCGUCUUUCCCGAUCCGAAUCUCCUGCACGAAUUCUUCCUCAUCGUUUGCCCGGACGAGGGUUUUUGGAAAAGUGGCAAGUUUAAGUUUAGUAUUCAGGUGCCGGAGGAAUAUAACAUGACGCCGCCAAUCGUCAAGUGUCUCAACAAAAUUUGGCAUCCAAACAUAUCGGAAAACGGAGAUAUUUGUCUCUCGUUGCUGCGACUGAAUUCCAUCGAUGGGCUCGGAUGGUGCCCGACACGAAGAUUAAAUGAUAUUAUUUGGGGAUUAAAUUCACUUUUUACAGAUUUACUUAACUUUGAUGACCCGCUGAACAUCGACGCAGCAGAGGAAUAUAGUAAAGAUAAGAACAAAUUUCAGUCAAAUGUCACAGAUUUUAUAAUGAAAUACGCUAAAAGAUAGAUUUUUGUUGUCGCCAAGUAUUUUUAGCAAUCCGUUUCUUUCAAAUUCUCUCAAUAAAAUUGGUGUUUAAUUAUUUUUUUUAAAUGUAACUCCAAAAUUUUUCA